AUGAACAGCACCAUGUCAGCACCAGGUCCACACAACUCAACUGCUCGAAUUGCAUACAUUUGCAUUGUCAUUUUGGCAUUUAUUGGUAACUCCAUGGUUCUCGCCCUUUUUGUAAGGAAAAAACACCUGCUAAGAAAAACGUAUAACGUGUUUUUCCUUACUCUUGCCACUACAGACUUCACAAUCUCAAUCAACAUAUUAUUCACACCAACAUUUAUAUUUAGAGAAAGCUUUCCAUAUCCUGAUGGAUAUUUAGGAGGGGAAAUCGUCUGCAGACUACUAUGGUCCCGAUGGCUUCUAUAUACAUUGGGUGUAAGCUCAGUCUUUUUAUGUCUUCUCCUGACGAUAGAGCGUUGGUUUGCUGUUGUACAGCCUCUCCGAUACCAAGCCAGCUUUAGCAAAAGGCGCGUCGUUGUUUCACUGAUUUCAGUGUAUUGUGUAGCAUGUUUCCUUUGUUGCACCCUACCAUUUGAGGUGUCUUUUUCCCCAGAAAAUAUUCCAUCUCAGCGUUGUAGUUGGAAUAACGUCUGGGGAAGCGCUGCUGGAAUAGUUGCAAUUUUUCAAUUUCUUGGAAGAAUCUUUAUCCCGUCCGUCUUUAUGUUGGCAAUGUUUCUUCAUAUGACUUUCAGAAACAAUUUUACGGAAACUACACGACGCGAGAGCCGACUGACAUUUUCGUCGUCGCCGUCCACUCGGAAGACCGUAACGAGGAUGGUCGGAGCAGCUUCUGCAUUGAUGAUCAUUUGCUGGAUGCCAAAACAAGUUCUAAUGAUUGUUUCGGAAUUUCAAGUCAUAGGGAAGGACUCCUCGGUCUCACACUUCCUGACGUUUCUUGCAUUCUUCAACUCUGUAGUAAACCCAGCAAUCUAUGGCAUAACAAACAAGACAUUCCGUAAAGGUUACUAUGAUGUUCUUUUGAGCUUCUGUCCUCCUGUUCUGAAAAGGAAGUUAGCGAGACCGCAAGUUGGUGUAGAGGACGAUUAUAGAAACAUUGCGUCUCUAGUUCGUGCCAUUCAUCGACGCAGGCCAUCGUUUGAUUGGCGAAGAGGCACUUCAAGUGCAAAGGAACUGAGAACUCCAGACUUCCUAGACGCCAUUCAACAAGAGCAAAAGUUGUAAGCCGCGGGACUUUAUAAUAUCACGUUCGAGCUCUGCAAAGAACGCCCGAAGAACACACUGCUAUCAAUAUUUUGAAAUAUUUUUCGCGUUUUCCGUUAAAAAUCAUCGGAUAUUGUUACGUAAUCGACCGGAAGUAAACUAUAGGAUACCUAUAAACUUGCUCCCUCCCUUCCCCUCAGCAAAUCCUGGGUACACGCCUGUAAUUAUUAUUCUGACUGAUCAAAGCUGGAUCCACAGCUAAUCCAUGUCCGGGGCGGGGGGGGGGGGGGGGACGCCUUUCUCUUCUAUAUUUUCAUUUCAUUAUUUCUAAAGUCUCUUGGCAAAGAGGAGAGAAGGGGCAAGGAUUUCCUCAAACUCCAAUCCUUUCAUGCUUUCGCUUGCCAAUUUUCGACAAUUAUAUAACAAAAAAUAUUAGGAGGCGUGUUAACCAUCAUUUCAAUCAAUGGCUGUCGUUUUUAUAAAUGGUCUAAAAGAGCCUGGCGCGAGCGCGUGGGAGACCAUUGAUAUUGCUUCAUUUCUAAUAAGAUGGCUGCCAGCAAAAUCGUAGUAAACACGAAUUCCUGUAAGUUUGCGUUAAAAUUCUUGACCUACAAAGUUCUGGAGUGAUUAAAAGAGAAACUA